CAGCAACCCCUCUCGAUCCGACAGCCUCACUUUCUCAGCAUUUUAAUCCUACAACAGUACAUCAACUUCAAUUGUCACAUUCCCGAAUUACAUCUCGGACGAUGAAUCAAUCCACGACAAAGACAUCGAUGUGCUUGUGGACAUGGACUCCGAGGGACAGAGUGAUCCCGAAGCGCAGCAAGACCUCCAAUUACUCGACGAUUACUUGGAGGAUUAUGAUGUUGCUAACCUGGGGCCAUCAAUGAGAGCAGCUCGACAGCCCGAUGAUCGCAUUUUGAGAGCUGUUCUCGAGUUAAGCAACGACGAGACGCUGGACGAGCGCCUCAGGUCUCCUGCACUUUCUAAUCGGGCUUACUAUAGAGCGAAUGAUUCUGCACCAAGAAGCUCAGCUCCUCCCACGCGAUCAGGUGGCCUCUGUUCUGUAGAUCUUGGACCGCACAGCAUCAGAUACUGCCCAGAGGGGGUAGGCAUUACAUCUCCAUUGAUGGAAGCAAUUCGAGCACGUCUGCCUGAUAACGUUGAAAUGCUUCUCAAUGCUGGGGCUGAUCCCAAUGGAGUUCCACUCUGGGCAUCAGAGAUGUACGCUGCGCUGUUCUUGCGAUUCAGACCAGCUGUGCCAUCAAGCGGUCGAAGAGAUGGAGCAACAAGAGCCACUUUGCUGCACCUGAUGGAUCUUCCCCAGGUGUCUACUCUGACGCGAGAAGAAGUCGAGGAUAGAUUCUACGAGGGGGUUGCGCCAUUCUGGUGUGAAGAAGGCUUUGUACCGUUAGAUUAUCAUCGCCACGGGGAAUCGAUGCCUUCCCUUGUAGAAGCCGCACGAUCGGGCUCGGUUGAGAUAUUCGACCGGCUCAUGGAAGCGGGGGCAGAUCGCAGCUUUUGGAUGAGGCCACAGGUUGAAGUACCGAAAUAUCCUACAUCAAGCAGCCUCAGCGUAUCAAGUCCGCUACACGCUGCUCUCCAGACUCAGGAUUAUCAAAUGCUCGAGCGUAUACUGGAGUGUGGAUUUGAUCCUAACACCAUGCCCCUCGCCAAUCCAACUCGCUGCUUCACACCUGCUAUGGCAACGAUCAUCUACCACACUGCUUUCGAUAAAGCUGCAUUUGACUUCUUCUGUCAGCAGCCUAAUAUUGAUCUAGAGAUCAGAACUCCUGUUUAUGGAGUACAUAUCCUACACUUCGCUGUCGCAACACUGGAUAUCGAUCUACUCAAACAUGUCAGUGCUCGUACACCAUUGCGCAAUGCAGCCGAAACAGCACUCGGUCAUACGUUACUGCACAUUACGUGCAUGCCCGCCAAUGCUUCUCAGGUCCAGAGGCAUUCCGAACUAAUCUGUAAAUCCAUCAACGAGUCGCGAGAUCUUCGUGCUCAGAAUGAUGUUUUCUCCCGUCAUCCAUAUUCCGUAAGUCCUGGAUAUCUACCAGAUGAUGAUUCAAGCGAAGAGGACCUCAGCAAGCAAACCGCGAUGGUGAAGUAUCUUUGGGGCCAAGGCAUCCAGAAUCUAGCAGUACAAGAUGUGCAUGGGAACACUGCACUUCACUAUCUUGCUGGGUGUAAAGAUGUCAAUUGGGAUUUGAUCUCGUGGUGGUGGGAACAUCCAGGUGUGACUAGGAUAUGGCAGGAGACGAACAAUCGGUCUGAGGCGUCCCCAGAAGACCUUGCACAUGCGAAUCAGUGGGCAAGGAACGAAGAAGAGAGGGAGCCGAGGCCGUGGAAACCGUGGUUUGUGAGUUGGUGGAAAGUGGGAAGGGAGAGGAGGAAAAGAGCUAUUUGGAAAAGAUUGUUGGGCAAUGAUGACUUGGCUUGAGAAGUACACGAUGUUUAUCAAGGGAAAGAGGGUGGAGACUCUGGUGAGGUGGGAGUGAGGCUAUGCAUUGGGCAUUUCCUUUGUCACGGUAUGUUUAUAUUAGUAUAAAGAAUGUCUAACAUGCCGUUUCCUAAA